ACCAGGCACUGAAGAUGUUGUUGUGUUAAAGAAAGAGUUGAUAUCGGUACAGACGUUAAUGGACAAGGUGGCACUGGAACAGGAGAGAGAGAAGGAGGCUGUACAACAGAAAUGUGAUCAACUUAAAAAACAAAUAUCUCUGUCAGAAGAAGAGAUAACAAAGUUAAAGGAUGACCUUGCUAAAGCACCUAAAGAAGAUGAUAUUAAAAGGUAUCAGGACCAGAUUAGAAAGUUGGAAGCAGAUUUGGAGAAAUCUCCACGGUUGGACAAUUAUGCGAGACUGGAGACGUCAUUACAGAAGGCAGAGGAACAGUUAAAGAUAUACGAGUCUCAAACAACGUCUAAAGAUACUGAGGUUAAAGCUCUACUUGAGAAACAAGGACAGGCCACACAAAAGUUAGAAGAUUUUCAAAGAACCAUGCAAGAGAAGGAGUCUCAUAUAACGAAGCUGAAGUCAAAACUAGAGAAGUCCGGAAACGAGAUGAAACAACUACAAGAACAGUUUUCCAAAAAGGAAAAAGAUCUAACUCAACAAAUUAAUGAAAACCAACGAAAACUAGAAGAAAAAGAAAGACAAAUUAAUAGACUGAAAUCUGAGAAAGAACAAUUAACCAAUCAGAUUAAGGAAUAUCAGUCAAAGGAAGAAGGUGUUAGCCAAUCACUUGGCUCGACACAAAAACAAAUGAAGGAAAAAGACAGCAUCAUCAAACAGCUAAAAAAUGAUCUCUCCAAAGCAGAACAUGAUAGCAAACGGCUUGAAAGCGAGUUGAGUGUGAAGAAGGAGGAGAUAAUUAAAGGUGAGACAGAGGUCAAGGUUAGAGAUGAACAGAUAGAGAAGGUAAAGAGUGAGCUAGAACAGACUGUACUGGAGCUGAAACAAGCUCAAAAUCAGCUUGUCAUGAAAGAUGAACAGUUGAUACAUGUACAAAACACUAUGCUGAAGGGUCAGGAGAAGAGUGACAGUGUGUACCAGAAGUUACAGGAGAAGUCCGUAAAGAUAACAGAACUUACAACAACAAUAGAUAAAUUAAACACUGAUAUUACACAGCUGAAUAGACAAUUAGAGGAACAGAAGACAAAUGCUGCUGAAAUAUCUGCUGAACUGAAAAAUUUACAAUGUACGGUAGAAGAGAAGGAGAAAUUGUUGGCUGCCAGAGAGAAAGAGAAGAUGGAGACCAAGAUAGAAUAUCAGGGACAGUUACAUAACAAAGAAUUAAAUAUCAAUCAAAUCACUGUAGAUCUAGAAAAGACUCAGUCCCUGCUUAAGAAGAGUCAAUGUGAGGUGGAGGAUUUAAAUAAACAACUAGCAACUACACAAGAACAGUAUCAGACACAGUGUAAAGAGACUGAUGACAGUAAAGUUAUGGUCAGAGAAUUAUCAUCUAAACUAGAAGAGGAAAGCAGGCAGAUUAAAUUAAGAGAUGAGAAAGUGAAUGAGUUGGAGAACAAGAUAACAAGUUAUCAGAAUGAGAUACAGCAACUAGGGAAUGAGAGAACUGAUCUUAUUGCAAAGAUAGAAGCUGGUGAAGGUGUAGAAACAGCAAUCAAUCAGCUCAAAGAUGAAAAGAAACAUCUAAAGGAUAAAAUCAACACGCUAGAAUCAUCAAUAAAGUCACAGAAUGAAGAACACACCAAGGCAACAGAUGACCUCUACAAGAAAUUACAGGAGGUCAAAGGUCAGCUACAUAUAUCUGGAGAGCAAUGUACGAAAUUACAGUCUGUAACUGAAGAACAGUCUGAAAAAAUUACAGUAGCAAAUAAAAAGAUUCUUGAACUUGAGGCAGCA